AUGACCACAAAUGGCAGUCAAUCAGCACGAAAGCGAAAAAAAGCUGUCAUCGUGGAUUUGCGCAACGAAAGCGAUGACGAGAUCGUUGUAGUCGAAGAGCGGCGACCGCCUCCACAACCUUAUGCACCAACUUUCGACCCAUACGAUCCGGAAGAAAAUCCACAAACCUUCUACGCUCAAUAUGAAAUUCCUGAAUAUCAUACUCGAAAUCUGGAGAAAAGAAUCAAUAAAGAAAGUGAGUUGUUUCAGCUACAAAUGCCCUUCCUAUAA